AUUAUAGUGCGAAGAUGGAGUACAUGACAGGUCCCGUGACGAGCAGUCAAGGGAAUAUUCUUUGCUGCCAGUGCGGUAUCCCAAUUGAACCGAAUCCGGCAAAUAUGUGUGUGGCGUGUUUACGGACGCAGGUUGACAUUAGCGAGGGAAUUCCAAAGCAAGUCUCAGUUCACUUCUGCAAACAGUGUGAGCGCUAUCUGCAGCCACCUGGAACAUGGAUACAGUGUGCCCUGGAGUCCAGAGAGCUUCUUACACUAUGUCUGAAAAAACUGAAAGCUUCCUUGAGCAAGGUGCGACUUAUUGACGCAGGUUUUAUCUGGACUGAACCUCAUUCAAAGAGGCUGAAAGUGAAGCUGACAAUUCAGAAGGAGGUUUUGAAUGGAGCCAUUCUGCAACAGGUCUUUGUGGUCGACUACGUGAUGCUAUCCCAAAUGUGUGAUGAUUGCCAUAGAGUGGAAGCAAAAGAUUUCUGGAAAGCUGUGGUUCAGGUUCGUCAGAAGGUUCUUCAUAAGAAGACUUUUUACUAUUUAGAACAGAUUAUUUUAAAACACAGACUGCAUCAGAACACUCUGCGUGUCAAAGAAAUCCAUGAUGGACUUGAUUUCUACUAUGCUUCCAAGCAGCACGGUCAGAAGAUGGUGGAGUUUCUCCAGUGCACGGUGCCCUGCAGGUCUAAAGCCUCCCAGCGUCUGAUCUCUCAUGAUGUCCACACUAAUACUUACAACUACAAAAGCACCUUCUCUGUGGAAAUAGUUCCCAUAUGCAAGGACAACCUUGUGUGUCUUUCUCCAAAACUGGCGCAGAGCCUGGGAAACAUGCACCAGAUUUGUGUGUGUGUCCGAGUGACGAGCACCAUUCACCUGAUUGACCCUCGGACUCUGCAGAUUGCUGAAGUUGAUGGAAGCACAUAUUGGCGUUAUCCGUUCAACAGCUUGUUCCAUCCAAAACAGCUGGAAGAGUUUAUCGUUAUGGAUGUUGACCGGGUCAGAGACCAGAAACAAGGACCAGGAGCUGGCAUGAGAUCAAACAAACACACGCUUGCAGAUGUCUGGGUCCAAAAAACCUCUGAGAUGAACACAAGUCAGCAGUACCACACGCGCACUCACUUGGGCCAUCUGCUGAACCCUGGAGAUUUGGUGAUGGGGUUUGAUUUGGCAAAUUGUAAUGUGAAUGAUGAGUUCGUGAACAAGUUGAAUCCUCACCAUAUCCCAGAUGUGGUGUUAAUCAAGAAGAGUUACGAUCGUGCCAGGCGUCAACGUCGGAGAAAUUGGAAGUUGAAGGAGCUGGAAAGAGACCGUGAAGGCAUGGAUACAGAUGAUGAAAGACAAUAUCAAGAUUUCCUUGAGGACCUUGAAGAAGAUGAACUUAUACGGAAGAAUGUUAACAUCUACAAAAAUGCAAACAUUGCAGUAGAGAGUGACACUGAUGAGGAGGGGGCUCCCCGGAUCAGCCUGGCAGAGAUGCUGGAAGACCUUCACAUAUCUCAUGAUGCCACUGGUGUAGAAGGAGCUGAGAUGCUCACAGAAUAGCCUCUCUCCAAGGCACCUCAUUGAAAAGGAUCGAAUCAUGUCUGAUUUAAUAAGAACCAGCACAAACAAGCCAUCAUCCACAUUCGGAUGUGAUAAAGGGUUUAUUCUGAACCCCAUUGUUUGAAAUUCCCCUGGCCGCCACAUAUUAAAACAUCAUGUCUUUAAA